CAGUUAGAACAAUUAAUCAGUGGAACAACUUGCCUCCAGAAGUUGAGAACCACUGCCCUACAGUAAUUGCUAGCUUAUUUCUCUUUAGUUUCUUUAAAUCUGAAUUGGCUUCAAAGCUGUUCAUUUGUAUGAACUUAAAACUGUCAAGCCCCGACGGCUUGCCAUAAGGACAGGGACAGGGGGAGCACGAACGUCAACUCACCGGGGCGAGAAACAGCUGAGCCGUGCACCGCCACGCCCCACCGCCGCACCGGGCGAACUCCCUCUGGGCGGACGUCUCCACGAGAAGCACGACAGACGCCAACGCCACCUGAUGGAACAGCGGGAGCUCCUAAGAGCCACUUGCGGGCUAAUGGGAAUGUACCUCGGCGGGAGAGCGGGGGGUUGUCUCCUAGCCACCAGGAUAUCCGGCAGGGCGAGAUUGGCGGCGGGCAACAGGGGCGCAGGUCGGACGCACGGACAGCGGGGCGUGGGGGCGGAGCUUCGUCGGGCAAAGGGACAGCACAGGGAACGGGCGUAGCAUUUAUCCAUCUCGAACGGAUGCUGGUUUGGGAUGGGGGGCGGAGCUGCAGGGUGGAGCACGCCGAUAUAUUGCGGUGGAGGGAAAUCGGCCCCAGUGCUGACUUUGUCUCACAUGCUUAAUAAAGAGCUUGGUGGAUGUCAGCGUGUGCCGGUCUUCUUUGCCUUGCGCUGCGGACGACUUUGGAUACGUUGGACAUAAAGUCAGCACUCAUCUCCAACCCUCCAGUCUACGGUUCCCGUGUACGGCUACGGUAUGGCGGAGGGGACUCAGGGGGCCGCCCUGGUCGAGGGGGAGGUGGCGGCCGGCGGGGUUGUGGAUGCUAUCCCGGCGGCGGAGCCGGUAGUGGCCCAGCCGGUAGUACGGCCGAAACUGUUACAGUCUGCAAUAUCGGAGCUCGAUGUGGGGGAGACAGGAGCCGCUAAGCCACAGGAGGAGUGGUGGCACAGCCCGGCGGUGACUGGACUACAGCCCGAGCAGCUCCUAACACCAAAGCCGAAGCUCGGGCAUUCGGGGUGGAGGGAGAGACGCGCCACGAUGGAGGACGAUGAAGACUGGAGCUACUCCACGGCUCCGGGCCAGGAAACCAUGGAUAUCUUGCGCCAUCGGUUUGGUGAAGCAAGUUACAAGGGCGCCGCCGAUAUGUGGCAAUCGGAAGGGGAGGCUACGGGUCGCACCCCCUCGUCUAGGUUCCGCCUGAGCAGUCCGCGGCUGCGGUUGCCUAAUCCCGCAGGUGGGCCGGCCGUUAUGGGACUCCCUUCGAGCGGGCUGCCGGGUCAGCCACGCCCAGCCCAGCCGGGCGGGGCCAGGAACGUGGCAGGAGGCCUGACUGCAACAGGGGGGAGGGAACGGCAGAGCUUCGCGGCCGGACAUCCAAACGUGGUACCAGGCCAGCCCCAGGGGCCGUGGGGGCCAGGAUAUCUAUGGGGGGUUCCCCCUAUUCCGGUUACCUUUGAUGGUAACCCCGAUCAAUUGGCGAUGUUCCUGGGACAGGCCAUAAGCCACCUGGACCAGUUUGCACAGCUAUAUGUCUCCCAAUGGGCUAUGGUCGGCGCCAUUACUGCCGCCUUGCGCGGGGAGGCGGCCGCGUGGGCGGCCGACUUAUACAGUGACCAUGCCCGGGAGUUGGGGAGUGCGGGGCUGUUUUUGGACGCUCUACAUGGGCGGUUUGAUGACCCCACUCGGGCACAGAGGGCCGAGGCAGACCUGCUGGCACUCCAACAGGGGAAACGCCCGGCCGUUGAGUACGUGCGAGAGUUUCGGAAAUUAGCCGGCCGGUUGCAGUCUUCUUGGCCGGAGCGGAUGUUGGUACACCAAUUCAGAGCAGGCCUAGACCACGACCUACGGCAAGCCUGCGUAUAUCGGGGUGUGCCCAACAGACUGAGAGACUGGUUCAGGGUAGUGAUCGAACUUGAAGCGGGCCUGAAAGAGGUAUAUCGAGGGUACGGGGAUGUUUCGCGGCUGCGGCGUCCCGGGGAUAGGCCUCGCGAGGGCAGCCAGGACCAACAGCGGCCAACACCAAAGCCACCAGGACCGUCAGGAGCAGCCGGUUUCCGAUGCUUUCGUUGUGACCAGCCGGGUCACCGCGCAGCCGACUGUCCAGCACCCAGCCCCCGUAAGGCCGCAGCAGUUGGUAGAGCCACACCACUGAAGAAGGCCACGGAGAGUUCAAGGGCGGUUGGCCAGCAGCCGACUCCAGGGGUGAAGCCAGGAUCCCCGACUACGCCAAUGCCCAUAGCCGGGGUACGCUACCAGCCGGGGGACGAGGAGGACAGCCCUGACGAGGGAAUGAUGUUCGUUCGUUCGCUAGGGUCCUCACAGGCGUUGAGUUCAGCAUAUCACCCGAGCACCAACGGGGCGGCGGAAAGGGCAAACGCUAUGGUGGAAAGGUACCUCCGAAGUUAUGUGUCAUUCCAGCAAACGGAUUGGGUGGAUUUAUUGCCGUUUGCUGAAGUGGCAUAUAAUAAUACCGUCCACAGCAGUACGGGGUAUACCCCGUUUAAAAUAGUGUAUGGUAUGGAGUUUAACCCCAUGCCCGAAUUGUCACCAGAGAUGGCCAGCGGCCAGACCCCUCAAACAUGGCAGUCCAAAAUUUCAGGGUUGUGGGACCGGGUGCGGGUAGCCCGAAGGAAGGCCGAAGCUGCUGCCAAAGUCCAAGCCGACAAAAAGCCGGCUCGCACCUUGCCCGGAUCCAUUUCCACCCCGCUCCCCGAGAUGCGGUAGCCCAGGUAAUCUAGUCGUUCCCGGUGAAAUUCGCACUUCGAUAAUUUCACAUAAAGCUGGGCCUCCAGCAACUUCUGCAAGACUUGCCGUACUAGGCUGACAUGCUGGAAAGGGGAUAGGAUAUACGUGCCCAAUAUUGGUAAAACCCAAUACCUCCUUCGGUGGAAGGGCUACCCGUUAUCAGAUGCGACCUGGGUGGGAGAGGGGGACAUAAAGGCACCCAACCUGAUUCGGACGUUCCAUCGGAAGCACCCGGAUAAGCCGGGGCGGAACAAGUGUAACGUUGUGUACUCAACCCCUUUCCUUUCCUCCCCAGGGGGACGCGUGGUAGAGGGGGCCGCAUGUCAAGCCCCGACGGCUUGCCAUAAGGACAGGGACAGGGGGAGCACGAACGUCAACUCACCGGGGCGAGAAACAGCUGAGCCGUGCACCGCCACGCCCCACCGCCGCACCGGGCGAACUCCCUCUGGGCGGACGUCUCCACGAGAAGCACGACAGACGCCAACGCCACCUGAUGGAACAGCGGGAGCUCCUAAGAGCCACUUGCGGGCUAAUGGGAAUGUACCUCGGCGGGAGAGCGGGGGGUUGUCUCCUAGCCACCAGGAUAUCCGGCAGGGCGAGAUUGGCGGCGGGCAACAGGGGCGCAGGUUGGACGCACGGACAGCGGGGCGUGGGGGCGGAGCUUCGUCGGGCAAAGGGACAGCACAGGGAACGGGCGUGGCAUUUAUCCAUCUCGAACGGAUGCUGGUUUGGGAUGGGGGGCGGAGCUGCAGGGUGGAGCACGCCGAUAUAUUGCGGUGGAGGGAAAUCGGCCCCAGUGCUGACUUUGUCUCACAUGCUUAAUAAAGAGCUUGGUGGAUGUCAGCGUGUGCCGGUCUUCUUUGCCUUGCGCUGCGGACGACUUUGGAUACAUUGGACAAAAACUUUUAAUAAAUUGAUGCUCAUUCAGCCUAAUCUGAUUGCUAGGACACUAGCCUAAAUAUAUUAUGUAAAUAAAAAUAAUUUAA